AUGACACCCCGAGCCGCUCUCGCGCGGGUCGCGCGCCGCUCGCUCCUCGGGCGCCUCCCAAUUUCAACAGCGGCGUCUACCAGUGUUGUCCGCCUUCGUCAACGGUGCUUAUCGACUACCAAUGGUGCACGUGCCUCUCCAGUCGGCUCCUCCUUGGGCAAGAAGAAACCCGUCGGAGACUUUGCACCUAGACACAUUGGCCCGAACGCUACUGAAGAAGAGGAGAUGCUGGCCGCGCUCAACCCGCCUGUCUCUGAUCUUGAGGACUUCAUCUCGAAAACGAUUCCUGCAGACAUACGGUCGCAAGAGGCUCUGACUUUGCCACCUGGGAAUUCCGAGCCAGUUGUAGCAGGCGACCUCACUCGUCUAGCCAACUCGAACAAUAACCGGUACCCAUAUAUAGGCAAUGGGUACUACUCUACAAACGUGCCCAGUGUUAUCAAGAGGAAUGUGCUGGAGAAUCCCGCGUGGUACACAAGCUACACACCAUAUCAAGCAGAGAUCAGUCAGGGCAGGCUAGAGUCGUUAUUAAAUUUUCAGACUAUGGUCACAGACCUGACCGGUAUGACGAUAGCAAAUGCGUCUGUUUUAGACGAGGGUACAGCUGCCGCAGAAGCUAUGACCUUGUCACUCAAUGCUUUACCAUCUUCGCGGCAGAAGCUGGACGGCAAAUGCUUUGUCGUGUCAGAAAAGUGUCACCCACAGACAGUUGCCGUUCUGCAAUCCAGAGCUCACGGAUUCGGCAUCAAUAUUGUUGUGGGGGACGUCCUUGCAAACGACUGCCAGCUAGUGCGCGAUCAAGGAGACAAGCUGAUCGGUGCACUGGCUCAGUAUCCUGACACAGAGGGUGGCGUCUUUGACUUCCAUGUCCUUGCUGAUGCCGUACACGCUUCUGGCGCAACAUUUUCUGUCGCAACAGACUUACUAGCUCUGACUGUUCUAAAAUCCCCCGGAGAAUUUGGCGCAGAUAUCGCCUUUGGCAACGCUCAGCGCCUAGGCGUCCCUCUUGGCUUCGGAGGCCCUCACGCCGCCUUCUUUGCCUGCAACGAUAAACAUAAGCGCAAGAUACCUGGCCGCUUGGUUGGUGUCUCUAAGGAUCGACUCGGAAAUCGAGCUCUUCGCUUGGCACUACAGACUAGAGAGCAGCACAUUCGUCGCGAAAAGGCCACCAGCAAUAUCUGUACGGCGCAGGCCCUGCUCGCCAAUAUGAGCGCUUUGUACGCAAUCUACCACGGUCCGGCUGGGCUCCGCACCAUAGCGCAGCAGAUAGCUUCGAAAGCUCGCUACUUCCAACAAGCACUCAUUGAUGCAGGCUACAAGACUUCCUCGAAAGGCACCGGCGCCGAAGGUACCGUUCUUUUUGAUACUGUUGUCGUCGAGCUUGAACAAGCGAAGGCAACUAAGAUCCUCGAGAAGACCAGUCAGACACGCGUUCUUUUACGCAAAUUGGACGACUCCCGACUUAGCGUGUCUUUCGGCGAGGCGGGGGGAAAACGUGCUAUGAAGAAUCUUUUGAGUACGUUUGGCAUUUCGCUUGAUGAUAUUCAGGAGAGGCACCCAUAUGAGUCCCUUGACCUCGACUUUGAUUGGCCAGAGAAUCUGAAAAGAACGACGCCGUUCCUGACGCACCCCGUGUUCAACUCGCACCAUUCCGAGACUGAAUUACUUCGCUACAUUUAUCAUUUACAGUCCAAGGAUCUGUCCUUGGUCCAUUCUAUGAUUCCCCUUGGGUCCUGCACAAUGAAGCUAAACGGAACCACCGAAAUGGAAAGUCUUCAGCUAGCGGGGUUCACGGGCAUACACCCCUUUGCUCCAGCUUCUACAACACGUGGUUACAACGAGCUAAUUGUGAGGUUGAUGAAGCAACUUGAGGUGAUUACUGGGAUGUCUUCUGUAAGCCUGCAGCCAAAUUCGGGGGCACAAGGUGAGUUCGCAGGUUUGCGCGUCAUCAAGAAAUACUUCGAGUCCCAGCCCAGCGGCAAGGAACGCAACAUCUGCCUCAUACCUGUUUCUGCCCACGGAACCAACCCAGCGUCGGCUGCCAUGUCUGGCAUGAAGGUGGUUACACUUAAAUGCGACUCAAAGACGGGGAACCUCGAUAUCCAGGACCUACAGGAGAAGUGUGAAAAGCACAAGGACGACCUCGCCGCCAUCAUGGUCACCUAUCCGAGCACGUUCGGCGUCUUCGAGCCCGAAAUCAAGAAAGUCUGCCAAAUCGUGCACGAUCAUGGUGGACAAGUCUACAUGGAUGGCGCCAACCUCAAUGCCCAAAUAGGCCUUUGCAAUCCUGGCGAGAUCGGAGCUGAUGUAUGCCAUCUCAAUCUCCACAAAACCUUCUGCAUCCCUCAUGGCGGUGGCGGACCUGGCGUUGGACCCAUUGGUGUGAAGGCCCAUCUUGCCAAGCAUCUACCAGGCCAUCCUCACGCGGACCCUCAGACCGAUGUCGAGGCGAAGGAUGAGCGAAAACAGUCUGCGAUCUCACCAGUAAGCUCAGCGCCAUGGGGAAGCGCGUCCAUCCUCCCCAUCAGCUACGCCUACAUAAGAUUGAUGGGCGGUGCGGCUCUCACCCACGGCACCAAGGUCGCCCUUUUGAAUGCGAACUACAUCAUGUCGCGCCUUGGGCAACAUUAUCCUAUUUUGUACACUAACGACAACGGCCGUUGUGCCCACGAGUUCAUUCUUGAUGCGCGCCCUUUCAAGGCCACAGCGGGCGUCGAAGCGGCCGAUAUCGCCAAGCGAUUGCAGGAUUAUGGCUUCCACGCUCCAACCAUGAGCUGGCCCGUCGCCAAUACAUUGAUGAUCGAGCCUACUGAGUCCGAGUCCAAGGAGGAGCUUGACCGCUUCUGCGAUGCCAUGAUUCAGAUUCGGAAAGAGAUACAGGACAUUGAAGAUGGCAAGGUGGGCAAGGAAGUCAAUGUUCUCAAGAUGGCGCCCCACCCCCAGCUGGAUCUUUUGAGGGACGACUGGGAUCGACCGUACACUCGAGAGCAAGCGGCCUAUCCUCUUACGUGGCUCAAGGAGAAGAAGUUCUGGCCCAGUGUAGCCCGUGUGGACGAUGUGUACGGUGACUCGCAUCUCUCCUGUACCUGUCCACCGAUCGAGAGCUACGAGCAAGACGUGGAUUGA